GACUUUAUUUUCAGUUCAGAAGACAUGUAAAGACAUGAUUUAGCUAUCGAGACUCUUUGCCGACCGCAUACAAAGGACGUUGCCAAAGAGUGGCCUUUGAGUCGGGAAGGUGUCCUGCGCAUGAACCGAGUCGGAGUUUAAAUCACUCUUGUACCGUGCCACCACCUUGGUGUUCACAUACCCCGCAUACCUCAGCCGUUCCAUGGCACGAUGAACAACCUCUUACGUACACUAACUGAAAUCCAGGCGAAAUCGUCCACUCCGGAGCCUGACCUUAGGCUACUGCUUACGACCGUCAAAGAAGCGCGCCGACAAUGUCUUGAUAACAAAGCUGCAGAUGCUUUUUAUGACUCUUUGGAGGGUCUAUUACUCGACCUUCGGACAAUCACCAUUGACAACCACGACGCGGAACCAUUCCUAAAGCCCGUCUCGAAGACUGACGUACCAGAUUACUAUGAUGUUAUCACAACCCCGAUGGACCUACAAACCAUGCUAAAGAAGGUGAAGCAGAAAGCAUACAAAUCGAAGAGGGAGUUCAAGGAUGACCUCGACUUGAUCUGGUCAAACUGCUUCACGUACAACGCGGCAGAGAAUCAUCCCUUGCGGCAAUGCGCCACGCGUCUUAGAGGCAAAGCUGAGAAGUUGCUGCAGCAUAUCACUGACCGCAAAGACCGAUUAGAUCCUACCAUACCUGGUGACAUCGCACCGUCGCGUGGUGUAACUCCGAAGGUGAAUGGUACCUCUAUCAAUGGGAUAGGUCGUGGUCGUGCAGUGGUUACGCGAUCACCCAGUCCCGUUAAGCCUUUCAUUAAUGGUGAGAGGCACACUCGACGUGAUAUUCCCUUCCCCGAGGAACAUGCUAUUCUCCGAACACCCAAGGGGAUGGCAACUUUUGUGGACCUUGACCGGGAGCUUGAUACGCGCUUAGCCGAACUGGAAGCCAGCGUGCUCAAAGGUAGCAUCGACAGCGGAUUAGAAGAUCGACUGCGUGAAUACAUCGUUCCUUCAGACUUGGAUACUGACAGCGGGGAUUUAUUUCCGAGAACCUUGGAUGGGCAAUUGGGCGAGAAGCGGAAACUAAAUGGGUUCUCAGAGCACCGACCGCGGAAACGUGCGCGAAUGGAGUCGCCUGAGCCGCUGGAUCCUGUUGAGUUAUGGUGGCAAGCAAUGCGCUCAGAUGAAAUGAUUGGUAACGGCGUCCCUACUCUUCGCUAUCCAUCCUCGCAACAUCUUCCAGACGAGCCUAAGCGUCGACCAUUACCUAAGGCCAAUCGGAUAUCUUCUGGUUCACCGAAGAGGAAGAGGAAGAAAACGAAGAGUCAUACCGCGGGUCCAAAGACUCUCCUUUACCACAUGAAUAACAACAUCAGGACAUUACGGAAAGUACGGACGACUCAUGCAAAGUUCACCGCGUUGAAGGAAAGCAAUGAUGAUGGCUCCGGCGCCGCGAUGUCGCUAGAAAUGCCACCACCACCUGCCGAGGAAAUCGAUGAAAUUCUCGAUGAGAGGCCGUGGAAACCGCAAGGCUCUGGUGUCGAUAUGGGAGAGGAGCACGCAGACGAUUGCCUGCAUUGGAUGGGAUCCAAGGUCUUAGAACAUGUUGGCUUCCAGGGCACCUCGAAAGCGGCGCUGGACGUACUUGCUGGUGUUACCUCCGAUUACCUCUUGAACGUCGGUCGCACUAUUCACUUCCUUUCUGAGAAGUACGCCAAUAAGAUGACGGCAGAGGAAAUCAUCUUGCAUACCCUGUUUGAGAGCGGCACAACUCGAGUUUCGGAACUUGAGCGAUAUGUUAAGGAUGAUGUCGUCCGAUAUGGGACUCGUCUGUCUGAGCUGGAGAAGAAACUCGCCACAGCCUAUAGCGAAGCAACCACCGUAGAGGCGUGGGACGACGAUGCUCUGUUCAAGGAAGAGGAGGAAGAAGAGGAGGGCGAGUUUGUUAUGGGAAACUUCGCAGACUCGUUCGGAGAAGAUUUCUUGGGGCUUCGAGCGUUGGGUAUUGCAGACGAGUUUGGCUUAUCGAGUCUUACAAUCCCGAAGAAGUUGCUCAAGGGCAGGAAAAAACCCGACGCGGGUCCUGCUGCUGCCAAACCUACAGAACCUCCACCACCCUUCCCUCCACCUCCACCUUUCGUCCCCAUGGACUCGAAGAAUGUCGACAACCAGAUUGGUCUCCUCAAGCCCUAUUACCAACAGCGUAUAUCGUCACUCUCAACUUCCACUACCACCUCGAUACCUCCAUCUGGUAUACCCGCACCUCCCAUGCCAGAUCUGUCAACGAACGGAUAUCCGAUACCCUACCCGCCAUCCAUCCCUGUGCCUGGGUCACCACCACCGGUGGUCCUUCCCGACGAUUCUCCGACGCCUAUACACACUAAGAUUGGACCUAUUGGUCAGAUACAGAUCACCAAGAGUGCUGCAGCGGCGAGUGCGAGCAAGAAGAAAGCAAAGCCGAAGGGCCCUACUGCGGCCAUGAGCGCAGAUGCUAAUGCUACUCCGGAAGCCUUCAUGGCAGCUCCGGACACGCCUAACAACUCUGUCAUGUUCUUCCCCUCGCCAGUUGUCACGCCGAAGAAGGGUAAGGGUAACGUGAAUCAGAACCAGGCUGCUAAGAAGAAGCCAAAGGGAAUUGAUUCGCUGCCUCCGGUGGUCAUCGCCAGUGCUUGAGCUCAUACCGUAGGAAUCUUGUGGGUUUUUUAGGCAGUGAAUGACUCUUGACAUUGUCUGUAUUUUGCUAUUCAUGGGACUGCUGACACGUCUGUCGGCACAGAGGAGAUAUUUAUUGUCUUUAGCGCAUUUGUAUCAUUAUACCAUUACACUCUAAUGCAACCGCUGACACU